AUGUCCAGAACACCUUUCAGUGGAUUCAUGGGUGGCUCCCGAGGCCAACAGCCUCCUCCACCUCAGCAACAGCAAGGCUACGGUGCUCCUCGAUAUAACGACCCUCGCCAGCAGCAACCUCCUCAGAACUACCAGAGCUACCAAGGCGGAGGCGAAGGCAGUGGCUAUGGAGAGAAGCCCUCGCGGUCUGGUGUUCGUCAAGUCAAUCUUCGAGUUGAGAAGGUCACAGACAAGUCCCUACAAUCAAGAUUGAUCUACGGUAACCUAUGCGCCGUUUCUCCCGACGAUUUCCCUUCUAACCGCGAUGGGUCCGAUCUCUAUAUUCUCCUCCGAGGAGGCCAACCUGUUGGCGAAUACGUUGUCACCGCAAAGCCUGUCCCUGGAUUCCCCCAGGGCUGCAUCAGUCUGUCAGACCCUCAACGAUCAUGGGCCGGCAUCACUAUGCGAGAUAUGUUUACUGGAGAAAUCUACGACCCUUUCGCGGCCGGAGGCAAGGCAUACCUGGGCUCGGUCGAUCUCGAAAUUGGCUUCGCUUCUCCCAACAAGAAGACCGAUGUUCCUUACGAUGAGGACGAGCUCUCCAAGAUGUUUAUCGAGACAUAUCAAAAUCAGGUACUCUCGCCUGGUCAGCGCAUUCUGAUGGAUCACCGAAAUAUUCCUCUCCUCGUCGUCGUCAAGACAGUCUCAUUGACAGAUUUGGCCAUGACUUCGGAUGACUCCUCCAAGAAGGCCCAGCGAGAACCCCAAGCCAGAGGUAUCCUGACGACUCAGAGCCAAGUUAUUUUUCAUCGCGAUGCAAAGGGUGACUUCAACCUGAAGCCUUCGAUGCAUAAGCCUAAUUCCAACGCCAUCCUCGCUCCGGACUUCAAGUUCGAAGAUAUGGGCAUUGGUGGUCUUGACGAUGAGUUCGCCACCAUUUUCCGUCGCGCAUUUGCUUCUCGUAUUUUCCCCCCUGGUUUGAUUGCCAAGAUGGGUAUUACUCACGUCAAGGGAUUGCUGCUAUACGGUCCUCCAGGUACCGGAAAGACUUUGAUUGCCCGACAAAUUGGUAAGAUGUUGAACGCCAACCCACCCAAGGUUAUCAACGGACCUGAAGUGCUCAACAAAUAUGUUGGUCAAUCCGAGGAGAAUAUCCGAAAGUUGUUCGCUGAAGCAGAGAAAGAGUACAAGGAGAAGGGAGACGAGAGUAGUCUGCACAUCAUCAUCUUUGACGAGCUGGAUGCCGUCUGCAAGCAGCGAGGCUCGGGAUCCGGUGGAGGUACUGGUGUUGGCGACAGUGUGGUGAACCAGCUUCUCGCCAAGCUCGAUGGCGUUGAUCAGCUCAACAACAUUCUUCUGAUCGGAAUGACCAACCGAAAGGAUAUGAUUGAUGAUGCUUUGUUGCGACCUGGUCGUCUCGAGGUGCACCUCGAGAUCUCACUUCCUGAUGAGGCGGGCCGACUCGAUAUUCUCAAAAUCCACACUGCCAAGAUGAGCGCGAACGGACUGUUGGACUCCAGCAUUGAUUUGGAAGAGCUGGCUGGUUUGACCAAGAACUUCUCGGGUGCUGAGAUCAGUGGUCUGGUCAAGGCAGCUGCAUCUUGUGCAUUUUCACGACACACUGAAGUUGGUCAGCUUGCUGCAGUGAAGCAGGAUGUUGCCAGCAUGAACGUGAAGCGCGAAGAUUUCAUGGUGGCUCUUACUGAGGUGCGACCUGCUUAUGGUGUCUCAGAGGCUGAGUUGAUGGAGGCUAUUCGCUUGGGUAUUUAUCCUUACGCGCCACACAUCAACUUGACGAUCCAGCAAAUGAUGCGUGUCGUCGGCAUGGUCAAGGAGGACCCGAACAAGUUCAGUACAUCGGUGCUUUUCCAUGGUCCUAUGGGAUCCGGCAAGACCGCUCUGGCUGCACACAUCGCAAUGCAGUCAGGCUUCCCCUUUGUCAAAAUGGUUACCCCCUCGGACCUCGUUGGAUACCGCGACGACUUUGCCAAGAAGGACUAUAUCCACAAGGCAUUUACAGACGCAUACAAGUCACCUGCAAGUAUUCUAAUCUUGGACGACUUUGAGCGUCUGAUUGGAUGGAACCCUAUCGGACCUCGUUUCUCUAACACCAUGUUGGAAGCAUUGACGACUCUGAUCGUCUCCCGACCUCCCAAGGGCCACCGUCUCUUGGUGUUUGUUACCACUUCGAAGGCCUCGGUACUCAAGAUGCUCGAGAUCGAUAACGACUUUGCCAAGAAGGUCGCCGUUCCUGGCGUAUCUAAUUUGCGCGAGCUAGCGGCGGUUCUGCAUGAGUCGCCUGAGUUUGACUACGAUGUCAACGCCACAGUCAACGAGAUCGGUCAACAGACAGGCUCUGACAGUGUCGGCGUAGGCAUCAAGACGAUUUUGGAUUGUAUCUUCGAGGCCAAGAGAGAUCCCAACGGGCAGGUCGUCGAGGCAUUCGUAGAGCUGCUCGUUGGUAAGAUUCAGGAAUUAAGGGCAUAG